GGCGGCGGCGACGGCCUCCUCGCCGGGAACGAGAAGAUCACGAUGCAGAACCUCAACGACCGCCUGGCCGCCUACCUGGACAAGGUGCGCGCGCUGGAGGAGGCCAACUCCGACCUGGAGGUGAAGAUCCGCGAGUGGUACCAGAAACAGGCGCCCACCAGCCCCGACCGCGACUACAGCCCCUACUACAGGACCAUCGAGGAGCUGCGCGACAAGAUCCUUGCAGCGACCAUCGACAACUCCCGGAUCAUCCUGGAGAUCGACAACGCCAGGCUGGCCGCGGACGACUUCCGCCUGAAGUAUGAGAACGAGCUGUUCCUUCGCCAGAGCGUUGAGUCCGACAUCAACGGCCUGCGCAGGGUCCUGGACGAGCUGACCCUGGCCAGGGCUGACCUGGAGAUGCAGAUCGAGACCCUCAAGGAGGAGCUGGCCUACCUCAAGAAGAACCACGAGGAGGAAAUGAAGGAGUACAAGAACCAGCUGAGCGGAACGGUCAACGUGGAGAUGGACGCGGCUCCCGGCAUCGACCUGACGCGGGUGCUCUCGGAGAUGCGGGAGCAGUACGAGGCGCUGGCCGAGAAGAACCGCAAGGACGCCGAGGCCUGGUUCUUCACGCAGACCGACGAGCUGAACCGGGAGGUGGCCACACACACGCAGCAGAUCCAGACAGGCAAAUCGGAGAUCACGGAGCUGCGACGCACGUUCCAGGGCCUGGAGAUCGAGCUGCAGUCCCAGCUCAGCAUGAAAGCCGGCCUGGAAGCCAACCUGCGAGACACAGAAGCCCGGUACUGCGCCCAGCUAGCCCAAAUCCAGGCGCUCAUCACCAGCGUGGAGGAGCAGCUGGCCGAGCUGCGCUGCGACAUGGAGCGCCAGAACCAGGAGUACCGGAUGCUCAUGGACAUCAAGAGCCGCCUGGAGCAGGAGAUCGCCACGUACCGCCAGCUCCUCGAGGGCCAGGACUCGCAGUUGCCAGGAUGGACCCCUAAGGACGCACAUCUGAGCAGCGGAAGAGUUCGCAUCAGCGUGGAAGACUCGGUAGAUGGAAAAGUUGUUUCUACUCGUGACAAGAAAUACCCGUAA